GGUGACGUAAAUGUUACUGUGGCCUUAUGCAGUGCUACCAAUGCACGGCCUGCAGCAAAAGUGUUGUGAAGUUUAGGAGAUCUGCAGAGCUCCCUUAGGAUUGAAACCAGCCACACAAUGCAUUCAAAUGGAACCUUUACUGUGGUGUCCAACCUGGUUGGUUCAGCAUCCAAAGAUUUAAACCAGAAGAAGGUCCAGUGUGUCGUAACACAUGAGGCUCUGGAUAAUGAGCUUGUGCUGGACUACUCAAUAAACAUCCAUUAUCCUCCAGAAUCAAUGUUGAUAAUUCCCGACCAACCAACAGAGCCUACAGAAUAUCAGUGUAUAGUUGAUUGUAACCCAAGACCGACCAACUACACAUGGAAUAGAGGAAAUGAAACUUCUCCUCAAUAUGAAGGAAGCAAGCUUCUUGUUGCAAAACUGUCCCCUGACUUUAAUGGCCUGUACAUCUGUACAGCCUCAAACCAGUAUGCAAGCUCUUCAGGGUCCCUGUAUGUGCACACUGCUGAGUCUAUGUGGUUAAAUGCACAUGCCUACAGAAUGCAGGCAGGAGUAACUUCUGUCCCUCAGUAA